AUGGAUGCAGCACGAGAACGCAGAACCCGGAGGUCCACGCCAAUCAUCCCCGUCUUGGAUUCUAUGCAGUUCUCGCAAUGGACUUUCAUGGACCUUCCCGAUCGGUAUGAUGGCUUCUUUGGUUAUCUGGACUAUUUUUUGACAGACUGCCAGAGUUACUUCUCAAGUCUGUUUGACCCGAAGCCAAGGGAGAGACAAUGGAUUAAGUUCAUGAUGUCCCGAUUUUUUGGCCCAGCUCGCAAGUGGGCACAGCAAGUAGCAGCCAUGAGACCCCGGGUACAGGAAGACAGUAGGCAGUUUUCGGACUUGUUUCUGAGGGAGUUUGGAGAACCAGGGCAGAGCUACAACUUGGAUGAGCUGUUGAAGGGAGUUACUGUGGCGAAUAUUCAGCCCAUGCCCGAGUCUGCCGGCCCGGUCGCCCCAGUUCAGCCCACGCCUGAGUCUGCCGACCCGGUCGCCCCAGUUCAGCCCACGCCCGAGUCUGCCGGCCCGGUCGCCCCAGUUCAGCCCACGCCCAAGUCUGCCGACCCGGUUGCCCCAGUUCUGCCAAAGCACGAGUCUGCCGACCUGCACAGCCAAUUCAUACAUACUUUUUUUUAUUUUAUUUUUUUUACAGAAAGUCCUAAAGCUGUGGUGACCAUAAAGCCUGAUAAACAUGUGUUCAGUGGAGAGACUGUGACUCUCAGAUGUGAAAUACAGGGAGGAGGAGACACUGAGUGGACAUACAGCUGGUAUAAGAAAGAUAACACACUCUACCCAUCCCGCACAACACAGGAGUUCAGCUUCAGCUCAGUUAGAAAUGAUGACAGUGCUGAAUACACCUGCAGAGGGAGGAGAAGCAGUGACUCUCAGAGCUCAGAGAUCAGUGAUGCUGUUACACUCACUGUAUCAGAAAAACCCAAACCGACUGUGAGAGUGAAUCCUCAGAGCUCCGUCUACACUGGAGACAGAGUUACUCUGACCUGUAAUCUGAAGUCUACUGGAUGGACUUUUCUCUGGUACCGAGAUUAUUGGCAAUCAAUUCCCCUGUCUCCUGGAACCAGAAACACCAACACACUCAGUGUAACAGUCUCUAAUGAAGGAGAAACACAGUACUACUGUAAAGCACACAGGGGAAACUACGACUCAGAGAUCAGUGAUCCAGCCACAAUUACAGUGAGAGCGAGACCAAAGCCUGUAGUGAAAGUACAGCCAGCUGAGCGUGUGUUCAUUGGGGAAACCGUCACUCUCACAUGUGAGAUACAGACUGGAGAAUCCUGGCGUUACCUCUGGUAUAGAAAUAAUGAAGAACUCAGUGAUGCUGCAGGAAAGAAAACACACACAAUCACUGAUAUUAAAGACUCUGAUAAAGGUUAUUAUACAUGUGAAGGAACAAAGUCAUCAGACCCUAAAUACACACAGACCAGUGAUGCUGUUACACUGACUGUAUCAGGUGAGUGUGUUUUAUCUCACAUAUUGUUUAUUCCAUUAACAGUGAAAAGUGUAGAGGUGUAUUUUGUAUAG